GAUAGGAGGAGGGAAAUAAUGGACCACAGUCUAAAAUUCAUAACCCAGAUUACAUCACUUUGGCUGCUUGAUUGAAAUCAGAUAUUAACCUCUUUCAAAAACCAAUCAGAAUAGGAAGUAUUCAAUAUGGGCAAACAUGAAAAUAUUUUGUAAAGAAAAAGACUUUGAAAUCUCUAAGAUCUAAAGAGACCAAUGGAUUAAAAGUAUUUCAAGAUUCCUUGCUCUGGCUUUCCUGAUUGUCAAAAAUGAAUAAAAGAGAGAUAAGCAUCUGUCAGCAAACUCGAGCCCUUCUGUAUAAGAAUAUCCUUAAAAAAUGGAGGAUGAAAAGAGAAAGCUUAUGGAUUUCUGAACUGCCUUCUGUGGACCUUGGACCCAUAGAUAGAUUUAAUGAUUCUAACUUUGCGGUUGCAUAUACACCCAUCUCCAAAACAACUCAACAGAUAAUAGAUAAAAUAGCUUCAACUUCUUUUAUGAAAGGAAUAAAUGUAUUUGGAACCCUAGAUCAAGAAGCCAUAGAUGUAAUAAUAGAAGAAAAUGGGACCGAAAUUGUGGGGAUCAUCUUUCAUGAUACUUUCUCAUAUGAAUUGAAGUUUUUUUGGGGACACAGAAUUCCACCAAUUGAGGAGAACAAAGACCACGGAGCUCAUUGCUAUGGUAAUUAUCAAGAGUUCAGAUGUUUACUUGAAACAUAUUGGGAUAAAGGUUUUGUCGCCUUUCAAGCUGCCAUGAAUGCUGCUAUUAUAGAAAUCACAACAAACCAUUCAGUGAUGGAUAAAAUGAUGGCAGUCACUGGAAUAAGAAUGAAGACACCACCUUUCAUUUCUAAAAUGACAAUUGGGCACGAGUUAAUUAUUUUCUUCUACAUAAUUUCAUUCACCCCAUUGAUAUACUUCGCAUCACUCAAUGUUACACAAGAGAGGAAAAAGGCCAAGGAAUGGAUGAAAAUGAUGGGUCUCCAAGAUUCAGCAUUCUGGCUUUCCUGGGGUGUGCUGUAUGCUGGAUUCAUUUUUAUCAUGGCCACCUGUGUGGCACUUGCCGUAACAUGUUUCCAACUUGUAAUCAUCACUGGCUACUUUGUGAUAUUCGUUCUAUUCUUUGUUUAUGGUCUUUCCUUGGUAGCUUUUGCUUUCUUGCUGUGUGUUUUGAUAAAGAGACCUGUACUUUCUGGCUCAAUCACACUCCUCCUUAUUGUUUUUUGGGGAAGUUUGGGAUUUGCUUCAUUGCAUAGACAACUUCCUGCAUCUUUGGAAUGGAUUUUAUGUCUCCUGAGUCCCUUUGCCUUUACUCAUGGAAUAAUCCAGAUCGUAUGGUUGGAUUACGACUUGAGAAGUGUUACUUUCUAUGACCCCACAGGGAGAUCACAUAUGUUAAUGGCAACAAUUUUUAUGCUGGUUUUUGAUACCAUCUUGUAUUUGGCACUGACAUUGUAUUUUGACAAGAUCUUACCAAAUGAGUAUGGAUACCGGCAUUCUCCCCUGUUUUUUCUAAAGUCUCAACAUCAACAGCACAAAGUCAUAGAGAAUGAGACCAGCCCUGAAUAUUGCUCUGACUCUUUUGAACCAGUAUCUCCAGAAUUCCAUGGGAAAGAAGCCAUCAGAAUCAGAAACAUCAGGAAAGAAUAUAAAGGGAAGACUGAGAAAGUGGAAGCUUUGAAAGGUUUGCAAUUGGACAUCUAUGAAGGCCAGAUCACUGCAAUACUUGGUCACAGUGGAGCAGGAAAAUCAACACUGCUAAAUAUCCUUAGUGGACUGAUUGUUCCAACAGAAGGCUCAGCUACCAUCUAUGACAACAAACUGUUGGACAAGGCAGAUUUGGAAGAAAUCAGAAAGAUAAUUGGUGUUUGUCCACAAUUCAAUGUACAAUUUGACUUCCUCACCAUGAAAGAAAACCUCAGGCUAUUUGCUGAAAUUAAAGGGAUUCAGCCACAGAAGGUGGAACAAGAGGUACAAAGAGUUGUUAUGGAAUUGGAAAUGAAAAACAUUCAAGACACCGUUGCAAAAAACCUAAGUGGUGGACAAAAAAGGAAGCUGACCUUUGCGGUGGCCAUUUUAGGAGAUCCUCAAGUUUUGUUGCUGGAUGAACCAACUGCUGGAUUGGAUCCCUUUUCAAGGCAUCAAGUAUGGGAUCUCCUAAAAGAACAUAAAUCAGAAAAAGGGAUCCUCUUGAGUACACAGUUCAUGGAUGAGGCUGAUAUACUGGCUGAUAGGAAAGUAUUUAUGUCCAAUGGACAGUUGAAGUGUGCAGGUUCUUCUCUGUUUCUGAAGAAGAAAUGGGGGAUUGGAUAUCAUUUAAGUUUGCACAGGAAUGAAAACUGUGACUCAGAGACAAUAACAUCUCUUGUUAAACAUCACAUCCCUGAUGCCAAAUUAAGGGAAGAAAGUGAAGAAAAGCUUGUGUAUACUUUGCCCUUUGAAAGGAUGGAUAAAUUUCCAGACCUUUACAGAGAUAUUGAUAGUUAUAAUGGCCAAGGUAUUGUGCAUUAUGGUGUUUCUAUGACAACUCUGAACGAAGUAUUCCUAAAACUAGAAGGAAAAACAGCAACUGAUGAAACAGAUUUUGGCAAUUGGGUACAGGCUCAAGCAGAAGUGAGAAGAAACUCUGAAGACUUUGUUGAACUUGACCAGCCUCUCUCUUCACUACCUGGAAGGAGUAAGGUGACACUCAGUCCCAUGGCUCUGUGGAGACGACAAGUCUGGGCAAUAGCAAGGCUUCGAUUUUUAAAACUAAAACAUGAUAGAAAAACUUUUCUGGCCCUAUUACUGCUGUUUGGAUUGGCUUCAAUACCUUACCUUUUAGAUGUGCUAAUUUAUAAAAUACUUCGUCAAGAAACUUCUUGGGGACUUUCACCUAAAACGUAUUUCCUCUCUCCUGGACAAUAUCCACAAAGUCCACUCACCAGCCUAUUGAUUAUCAAUAACACAGGGUCAAACAUUGAAGAUUUUAUAGAUUCUUUGAAGCACCAGAACCUAGUUCUGGAAGUAUGGGAUUUUGGAAACAAAAAUGGCACAGAUGAUCCAUCGUACAAUGGGGCCAUCAUUGUAUCAGGUAAAAAGGAUUAUGAGUUUUCAAUUGCAUGUAACACCAAGAGACUGAAUUGCUUUCCUGUGCUUGUGGACAUCAUUAGUAAUGGACUACUUAAAAUGUUUAAUUCCUCGGAGCAGAUUCAAACUGAGAGAAGCAUAUUUGCUUAUGAUAAUGUGAAAAUUCAGCUUGGUUUUGUGGACAGCAAUAUUUUCUGGCUAUCAGUUGCCAUCAGCAUUUCUCCUUACAUUGCAAUGAGCAGCAUCUAUGAUUACAAAAUAAAAGCUCAAUCCCAACUAAGGAUUUCAGGCCUCUACCCUUCUGCAUAUUGGUGUGGGCAGGCCCUGGUGGAUGUCCCCCUGUACUGUUUGAUUCUGUUUUUAACACUUACAUUUAUGUAUGUUUUUAACGCCAAAAUACUACCAGACUUUUGGCAUAACCCCAGAAUCAUGUUUGCUGAGGUCCUGUCAGUCAUUGGUUAUGCAGUAUCUAUGAUCUCCUUCAUGUAUAUGAUUUCAUUCAUCUUUUGCAAGGGGAAAAAAAAUAGUAACCUUUGGUCUCUUUGCUUCUUUACU